CAGUUGACAGCGGUGGUUGACAGAAUAGCGAUACGAUAAGCGAAAUGUUUUUGCCACUUUAUUUACAAAUUAUUUGAUAACAUUUUAUUGCUUUUCAGUCUUAAUGAAAAAGAGUACUCAUUUUCAGAGUUUGAUUUUGCCAUUUUCAAAUCUUUUACUGGAUAUUUCAUAACGAUUGUCUCGUAAGAAAUGAUAAAAUUUUGGAAAAGCGCAGCAAAAGGUAAAACUGGCUGCCCCGUACGCCCUCCUGAAGGAAUAGAAAACAGGCAAAUCAAACUGGAUAUUGAAGGAAGCAAUGACGUCGAUGACAAAAAAGACAUUUUUGAGAAAAAAUCGAAAUUAUCUAUUAGUUUGCGUGACAUACUUAUAGAAAAAACCGCUGUUAAAUAUUUUACAAUAUAUAUGGAAAAUAUUGGCAAACAAUAUCUUAUUAAGUGCUGGAUGGAAUUAGAGAAUUUCAGGUUUCAACUAUCUGAUGAAAACAAACACAAAGAAACUACUCACUCAAAAAUAAGUCACACGAAAAGUUUAGAUGAUGAACCAAACAAUAUAGAUAGUAUUGAACAGAACUGUGAAAAUUUAAUGAUAAAAAAAUUUGGUUGGAGAGCGAGUACCAGUAACCUAAGAAAAGCCAACAGUAAAUGUUCAGUAAAUUCCUGUGGGAAUUUAUUGCAACAUUUAGAUAAUUGUGAUUGCUGUGAUGAUAAAAAAACUACAAAUUUUACUGAAAAAGCUAUAGACUUGUUUAAGAAGUAUGUGGCUUUGGAAGCACCAUAUCAGAUAGAUUUAUCAGAUGAUAUAAGAAAAACUGUUAUAUCAGAUAUAUGUCAACCUGAAGGUCAAAUAAGUGGAGACUGUUUUAAGCCCGUUCAAGACAUUUUAUAUGACCAAAUAGAUAGAAACUAUUUUCUAGGAUUUCAAAACAGUCCUCUCUAUAUCAAAUCACAGAUAGAUAUAUUGACCAGUGGACAUAUUAAUCUAAAAGAUAUACUAUAUAAUGAUACAAUUUUAUUUUAUUUUACAGAAUUUUUAGAACAAGAAUCUUGUAGUAAUUUGCUUGAAUUUUUAAUAGCCGUUAUGAACUAUAGAGAUGAUCUGAUCAGGGGCAAUACACCUAACCUUGAACAAGCUCAAGGUGAUGCUAUUGUGCUCUAUGAUAAAUAUUUUUCUCUUCAAGCCACAAACCCAAUAGGUUUUCCCACCGAAAUUCGAUUGAAAGUUGAAAGUGAUAUUUGUAGUGAACCUAUUGCCACCUGCUUUGAUACACCAUAUAUCAUUGUAUAUAAAACCCUUAGUAAUUAUGUCAAAACAUUCUUAGGUUCAGAAUUAUAUUAUAAUUACCUUUCUGAAAUGAUUAAAUCAGUUGAUCAGACAUGGUCUCAUAACUGCAAAUCUCAUUCAGACUGCAGCAGCGAGUUUAGCAUAAGCACACAAAAUACUCUUUUAGCCACAGGUGACCCUCAAUUCCGAAAAAAGCGUAACUAUUCUGUACCUGAUAUGACAAUAGAUUCUAAUCAACUGUAUAACGCAGAUGCUUUAUGGCAAAGAAAGAAGCAUGAUGGCCUAAGUCUUGGCAGAAUCAACAGUUUGGGAAGGUUUGAAUCAAAAUUUGAACCAGAUCCUGACAAAAAAGAGAGAUCUAUCUUAAAGAAAAUGGUGAGUAAAUUUUUAGCAACAAACACAUCAAAAGUUGAAGAGGAAAUGGCAUGGCAAAUCGCUCAUAUGAUUGUUAAAGAUGUCACAGAUUUAACUAUGGCACCCCCUGAAAAUGACAAUGUAUGAUUAUAAGUAUGUGAUAGUAAUUGUUUAAAAGCAUAUAUUUUGUAAAUAAUGUUAUAAAUGUAUAAUAAAUACUAUAUAAGAGAUAUUAAAUCUUAAAU